CUUACUGCAAGUUAAUUUCUUUGUCACUUUCUACCAGACAGUUUUAACUUGCUCAUGCUUGCCAUCUGUGAUCUGGAUAAAUAGAGUGAAACGUUUUUUUUUUCUGGAAGUAAUGUCCUUGGGCCCUGCAAUCCUCGUGAAGUUUGCUAAAUAGUGUGAAAUCUAGGCUAUUUCCUGGGAAUGUCUUUUUUUCUCUUUCUCUUUUUGUGAGAGGUGUGUCCACUUCUGAAAUAUUUGUUUGUUGUGUAACCCAUAUCUAACUGACAUAGACCUAUGCCCAGCGCUUCUAAAAGAGAAAGAAACAAUGUUAAACCAAAGCAGGAUUCUUAUAAAAGGAGGGAAAAUUGUGAACGAGGAUUGUUCCAUUAUCAGCGAUGUCUACGUUGAAAACGGAAGAAUUAAAGAAGUCGGAUUAAACCUCCAAAUCCCGGCUGGAGUUACCGUUAUAGAUGCCACCGAUAAACUGGUGAUACCAGGUGGUAUCGAUACCCAUACCCACAUGGAGUUGGCAUUUAUGGGCACCAAAGCAGUAGAUGAUUUCCAUAUUGGAACUAAGGCUGCCCUGGCAGGAGGGACCACCAUGAUCCUAGACUUUGUGAUCCCCCAGAGAGGCACUUCCCUGCUGGAGGCCUAUGAUAGGUGGAGGGACACGGCUGACGCCAAGGUCUGCUGCGACUACUCCCUCCAUGUGGCAGUCACAUGGUGGAGCGACAAGGUCAAAAAGGAAAUGGAGACUUUGGCCAAAGAGAAAGGUGUCAACUCCUUCAAGAUGUUCAUGGCAUACAAGGAUGUGUUCAUGCUUCAAGACCAUGAGCUGUAUGCUGCGUUUUCCCAAUGCAAAGAGAUUGGAGCUAUAGCCCAGGUGCACGCAGAGAAUGGAGACCUUAUUGCAGAGGGGGCUAAGAAGAUGCUGUCCCUGGGCAUCACAGGUCCGGAGGGUCAUGAGUUGUGUCGUCCUGAGGAGGUGGAGGCUGAGGCCACCCAGAGAGCCAUCACCAUCGCCCACGCUGUCAACUGCCCGCUCUAUGUUGUCCACGUCAUGAGCAAGUCUGCCGCUAAGGUGGUGUCCAACGCACGCAGAAAUGGCCGUGUGGUGUUUGGAGAGCCCAUAGCAGCAGGACUGGGUACAGAUGGCACCCACUGCUGGCACAAAGACUGGGCCCACGCUGCCAAGUUCGUCAUGGGCCCACCUCUGAGGCCCGACCCCAGCACCCCGGGAUACCUUAUGGACCUAUUGGCAAAUGAUGACCUCAGCGUGACUGGGACAGACAACUGCACAUUCUCUGUGUGUCAGAAGGCCCUGGGCAAAGACGACUUUACAAAGAUCCCCAACGGAGUCAAUGGAGUGGAGGACAGGAUGUCUGUCAUUUGGGAGAAGGGCGUUGUCAGUUAGGCCUCUCAUUCUGCAUAUCACAUCAGUCUUUAUUAUACCAGUUUCCCAGACAGAUUAAGCCUAUAGUCCUACACCAAAAAGCAUACUAAUGGAGAUUCUCCAUUGAAAGUGAUUUUUUUGUUGUUGUCCAGGACAAGGAUACAGGCCCUACAAAAAUGAGUGGUACUAUUUUCAGACGGUUGAUUAAGUUCUAUAGUACGAGUUAAAAGGUGACAAGUGACAUUUCUGCUAUGAGAAGAGAAGAUAAUAAAUAGCAUAAUAUAAAUUAUUAUGUGCAUCAAGGAGGUUUUUAUCAGUCAGAAUCAAUCCAAACUGUCAUAGUGGAUGUAGCAGCAGGCUAGCCUUCUUUAUCCUUCUCUUUCCAUUUAUUUCUUCCUCCCUUACUUCUUUAUCCUUCUCUUUCCAUUUAUUUCUUCCUCCCUUACUUCUUUCUGUCCUUCUCUUUCCAUUUAUUUCUUCCUCCCUUAUUUCUUUCUGUCCUUCUCUUUCCAUUUAUUUCUUCCUCCCUUACUUCUUUCUGUCCUUCUCUUUCCAUUUAUUUCUUCCUCCCUUACUUCUUUCUGUCCUUCUCUUUCCAUUUAUUUCUUCCUCCCUUACUUCUUUCUGUCCUUCUCUUUCCAUUUAUUUCUUCCUCCCUUACUUCUUUCUGUCCUUCUCCCAGGAAAACGCUUUAGUCGGUUGACCCGGAGGCCAUUGCAAAAACUAACAUUGUAAAACGCUGACCAAAAAUGACAAGUUUUGAUAUUUGGAGUGAAACUUUGAAUCGCUUACUGCACCGUUAAGCAUUGACCUUUGGUCAGGUUAAUUAUGUCAGUAAAUAUGGAAUUUGUCAUUCAUAUCCAGAAUAUUGAAACUCAGUAUUUUGUGUAACUACUUUCCGCAGCAUAGUGGGAAAAUGGACGAGAAUCGAUUUGUAGCUGUCACCAGCAGCAAUGCAGCCAAAAUCUUCAACUUCUACCCCCAGAAGGGAAAGAUCGCUAAGGGAUGUGACGCUGAUGUGGUCAUAUGGGACCCUAAGGCAACCAGAAAGAUCUCUGCAGCUACGCACCACCAGGCUGUGGAUUACAACAUCUUUGAGGGCAUGGAAUGCCACGGUGUUCCCGUGGUGACCAUCUCCAGAGGGAAGGUUGUCUAUGAGAGAGGUCAGCUGAAGACCCAGCCAGGACAGGGCCGCUUCAUCCCCAGACAGCCCUACGCAGAGUUCAUCUACAAGCGAGUCAACCAGAGGGAACAGGUGGGACAGCCUCGUCCUGUAAUCAGGAAGCCUUAUGAUGGUGAAAUCAUCGCCAUAUAAAGGAAUGGAACUCAUCAUGAAAGAGACUGUUUAGCUCAGGAUCUACAUGCAACGUGUCCGUGAAUUUUGAUAUGCUGGACCAAGAUAAAAUGUAUGUUUGUUUGAAUGCAAAUGCCAGUCAAUGUUUUGAUUCUGAUGAUAUUAUGUUGCCAAACUAUUUAGUACAAUUUAUACAAUUGCAUAACAUGUAUUAUGUUAUUACCAUGUGAAAUAAACACUUGCAUAGUUA